GCCGCCGGAUUACCCCGAAAAGCCAUUCCAGUGAACGCGUCCACGUGCACAAAAGCCCGCCCGAGUCCCUUUCCCAACUCUCCUUCACUGGCCACCAGGCUCAAUCGAUCCAGGCCCAUUUCGAACCAUUUUUCCUGUCCGUGCACAACGGGGGAGGGACGGAGGAAACGGAAACCGCACCGAUGGUACAGGCCCAGGUUCUGCGCUUUGGUGAUGAGGCGAAGCCGCAGGACCCGGUCAGGGUAUGCGUCCAGGAUGAGGUGGACGUAAGUUUGGAGAAAAGCGGUGGCCAGCCCCCGACGGCGGAGAGGAGGUCGGACCACGACGGAAUGGAUGCACAGCGUUUUCCCCUGGGUGUCGUGGUGGGACAUGGUGUCGUGCUCCAAGGUCGUGCCUCGGCAGAGCGUGCCGUUGAUGAGCGCCAAGAGCUGCCCCGUGCCCGUGUGAUAAAGACCGUAGAAAAAGUCACCGGCGUGUGUCUGACGGUAGUGCAUGCCUGCCAAAGACGCUGCUUCGUCCUAAGG